UCAAUGGAGUCGCCAUCUUAGAAAGGGUCAUUUUCCCUUGUUCAGUUUGAAUUUAGAGAAUACAUUCAAUUUUCUCCAAAAACGCCAACAGCAGCUCACCACGUGAGGUUAUAGUUUCAAUCGAAGGCAACAGUAUAAUGCUGUUUACCUUAUAUUUUACUGGCCUUAAGUUUUUUCCUCUUUAAUAUUUGUAAAUGUGUACAUGGACUACACGGGGAGUUAUUAUACUUUUCAGAGGGUUUUGUCCUGUGACUCUUUCUUUUCCAUUUGUGGACAUCUGUGAAUCAUUUAUAGGUGAGCAGUUGAGGGUUAAGGGCCCUGCUCAGGGGCCCAGCCGUGGCGGCUUGGUGCUGCUGGGGUUUGGACUCGUGACCGUCCAGUCAGAAGUCCAACAUCUUACACGACAUUCCCUGGAAGAAGUCCAGCUCACACCUUGUGAGGAUUAACAAGUACGAAAGAAGAUGAUGGAGGAAUUCUCUAUUGGGACAGUGGAGGCAGUGUUUUUAGGUUCCAGCAUCGCUUUCUCAGGCCUCUUCUAUUACCUGUACAGAAAGAAACGCAAAGCUGUGGACAAACUCAAUGAUGCUCCUCAUAUGGCUUUAAAUGAGGAACUGGUGGAUCUUCUGAAUGCCACACCCGGGAAGUGUCUGCAGUAUGUGGUUAUUGAAGGCACAGUGCAGCCCAUAGAGGAGCCCCUGAGCAGUCAGUUUAAGGAAGGAACUGUUGGUGUUAUUCAGAAACUGCUCCUCCGUGAGCAUAAACUGGUGUGGAACAGUUUGGCACGCACCUGGAUGGACCGUGAGCGUGUGCUGCACGAGCGUGUGAGCAGCGUGCCCUUUGCUCUGGUGGGAGUAGAUGGAGCACGGGUGCGGGUGCUUCGUCCACUGGAGGCGUCUGGCCCUGAGAUGGAAACAGUGCAUGAGAAGUUCCACCAGGCCAACUACGGCUUUAGUGACCUGCUCAGCCAGUAUUUGAGUGGCGAGAAGAGCAAGGGCCAGCUGGAGACAGAGGAAAUGCUGAGGGUGGGUGUGUCCAUCACCGCUGCUGGGGAGCUCAUCCUCGAUUCGGACCGCCUGCUCAAACUCCGCCCCCCAACUGACGGCUCCACCUACUUCCUGACCACGGCUGACUUUGAGUCACUCCGGCAUGACCAAGAGGGCCAGGCAUCCUGCUGGUGGGCCCUGGCGGGCAUGUUUGCUCUGGUGGGCGUCGCUGUGGUUCUGUGGGCAGGGCUUCAAUGUUAUAGGCGGAUCCAGAGGAAAUGGGAGAGAGAGAGGAUGAAGAGGGAGUUUGAACGGAUAGGGGAGGGAGAGGAGGACCUUGAGAAUGCAUGCGUAAUCUGUUUGAGCAACCCAAGAGGGUGUGUGUUGCUGGAUUGCGGACAUGUAUGUUGUUGCUACAGCUGCUAUGAGGCACUACCUCAGCCGACAUGUCCAGUUUGCAGGCAGGGGAUCAGGAGAGUCGUGCCCCUCUAUCAGGCCUGAAAAUGAAAGCGCAAGAGGUAGUGGAUUAAAAGCUCUACAGAACUACUAGACACUGAGAGACAGAGGCCAGGGAUAAGAUGGGUUAUCCUCUACCAGGCCUCAGGCAGAGAGAAGCCAGUGGAAUAAGAGAAAGAAAACCCACAAAAGAGAACACCGACAGAUAGGAGAGACAUGCUAUUGUUUAAAACCUUCUUUAUCAACAUUUUCGAAGUUCCUAAAGACUAGCAUUUUGAAAGAGUACCAUUCACUCUCUGCACUUUCCCCCCCUCCCCUCCUCCUCCUCUUGUCUUUGUUCUUGCUCUCUCUAGUUCUCUCAAGUAGAAAGAUUUGGGGUUUUUUUUGCGUGCCUACCUUAGAUGAAAAAGAGGCUGUUUAAAGUGGCCUAUAAAAAACUUUCAUAAAAAAAAAAAAACAGCUCCGAUUCAUAUGCUAAGUAUAGUUUGUUGUGGAAUUACGCCAAAUUGUAUCGAAAAGCAAAGACCUUCAGAGUGUGUGACAAGGUACUUUUUAUAUAAUGUGACAAAUACUUAGCGUCUACAAAAAAUAUUUCUGUUUACAUAUCACUCAUUAUGGAGUAAAAUCUAACAGAACAUUUUUCUUUUGACAUGUGAAGAAGUGAAUGUUAAUAAUGUUAAAGAUAGUGCUUGAGUGCUUGAUAGAGCUUGAUCCCAUGAUCUAUUGAUCGUGUAAGAAUAGAUGUGUGCAUGGAGAGUUUACAAUACUGUGAUCUUUUCUGUUCAGGAGUCUCAUUUCUAGCAGCUACUAAAAUUACCAAUUUUGACCUUGUAAUGGCUUUUGAUCUUUUUAAUGGAAAACAGGUAAUUGCCUUUAAAAAAAUAAAUGUUGAAUAUUUGUCAUUAGUAAAUGUGAUCCACAUAUAAAAUCAAUCCAAGCAGUU